AUACUUUCGAGCUGUUUCAUGUGAUACUCCCGGCUCAUACACCUUGUUACGUCUCUCCUUCAUGGAAUCUGCACUCAGAGAUAUCAUCACUAAUCCUGGCUUCCAUGAUUAUCUCGCCAUCCUCAAAGGCGCACGGAACGGAUUCGUCUAUGGCGUCAAAGUCAGAUUCCCUCACGCCGUUGUAAUGUCAAUAUUGUUCGGGAGGGGAGAUUGGAAAUCACGACUUCGAGUUAUCUAUCGAGCCACGAGACAACACGCGUUCAACCUGGCGAAAUUUGUGUCAGUUUAUAAAACGUUGAUACUGUUACAGCGCAAGGCGAACGGAGGAAAGGAGCGGAGCUUGGACACCUUCAUCGCUGGGUUGUUGGGUGGUUAUGUGGUAUUUGGUGACCGUACAGCGGUCAAUGAGCAAAUUGUUCUUUAUGUCGUCUCGCGGGUGGUAGCAUCUUUCAUCCCAAGGGCCGACACCCCCUAUAAUGCUUCACCUCAAUCGCCUCGCAGUACUUCUGUUGUGAAACCCGUACCGCCAAACGCUCAAUAUUUCUCAUGGUUUGCUGCGUUAUCUUGGGGAGCCGUGAUGUGGUUAUUCCACAACAGAGGCGAAACCAUUCAACCUGGAAUGUUCAACUCUAUGACGUAUCUAUAUCGUGAUUCCGACGUCUGGAAAGACUUGACAACGCUGUUCUGGCACAACAAGUAG